AUUUGACAGUAAAAAUCGUAAAAAUACGACAGCAAAAUCUAACCCCAAAUUUUACAUAAAAUUGAACGACUAGUUUAUGUAAUAGUUAUAAUCAUAAAAUGGCAGGAGUUACUACCAAAGUUACCACUGGAUUAACAGGACUUGCUGUCGCGAAAAACCCUCAUCAUACUUUAGGUGUGUUAUACAGUAAAAUUUUACGAACUUUACAAAAAAUGCCUGAGAGUGCUGCCUACAGAAAAUAUACCGAGGAAAUCAUAAACGAAAGAACUCAAAUUUUAAAAGCAAAUGAAAACGUCGAUGUUAUAGAGAAACAAAUAGGAUGUGGGCAAAUUGAAGAAAUUAUUGUCCAAGCUGAGAAUGAAUUAAUAUUAGCCCGCAAAAUGUUAAAUUGGAAACCCUGGGAACCUCUAGUUAAACAAGCACCUCCCACUCAGUGGACUUGGCCACCAGCUCAACCUCUUGGAAAAUAAAUAUCUUCUUUAUUAUAAUUAUAGUAUUAAAUGUAGAAAUACAAAUUAUGAAUAAAAUUUUAAUUAGAA